GGGACGGCCGGGCGCCGCGCCGCGCUCCGCUGCUGCUCCGCCACCGGCACCGGCGGGACCGGGAGCGGGGCCGGGCCGGGCAUGCACAGCGCCCGCCCGGACGCCUGCCCGGGCCAGCUCGGCGCCGACCGGCGGUGCCGGCGGGAGGCAGGGGCGGCGCCGCGGACGCACAUGCCCGGCACGCGGCAGGCACCGCACCACCCCGGAGGGGCGCCGGGGCCGGCCCCCCGCCCCGCGUGCCCCCCGCGCCCCGGCUCGGCGGCGGACUCGGCCUGCAGCCUGGAGCCGGGGGCUGAGGAGGAGGAGGGCGGGGGCCUGGCCGCCCGCUCUCCCCCAGCCAGCGAGCGCAGCCUGGAGUUCGACUCGGGGUACUCGGAGGCGUCGGGGGGCACGUGGCGGGAGGAGGAGGCGCCCGUGCGGCGCCGGCACCCGCCGCCCUGCCAGCGGGCGCACCGGCUCUCCGCCGGCCCCGCCGCCCCGCCGCCCGCCCCCGCCCGCCGCGCCCGCCCCAAAUCCACCUCGGACGCCUGCCUGGAGCAGUGGCGGGCGCUAGAGCCAGCCGACACGCGGGACUGGACCGUGGCACUGCUGUCACAGAGCCGGAACCGGCAGCCCCUGGUGCUGGGCGACAACUGCUUCGCCGACCUGGUGGAGAACUGGAUGGACCUGCCUGAGGUGGGAGCCGAACCCCGGCACCGAACCCCUGCCGAGCCCUCCCGCCGGCUGGCCAAGCCCCCCGCCUUCCUGCUCAGCCUUUCGGGCAACGUCCGCCGUAAGCUGGCCAACAUGGCCCGGCCCCGGGGGGCUGAGGGUGCCCGGCCGGGGGGCCGUGAAGCCACCAAGCGUUUCUCCUGCCCGCUGGGGCUGGGGGGGCAGCCCAAGGGCGCCUGCUUCCACCAGUCCCACAGCAACAUCGCCCAGCUGGCCACGGACUUCCACCGCUUCACCGCCCUCAUGAACAGCCGCAGCCGCCAGCCCAUCAUCUGCAACGACGUUAUCGGCUACAUUUAGCCCUGCCCGCCGCUGCCUGCACCGUCCUCCGCUGUAAAUAAACCCUGGUUUUGUACGGUA